AUGACUGCCGCCGGUGGAGGAACAGGCUCCAGCCUGGCACGCGCGAUCAUUAUCGUCGCAGGUGUCUCGGCUUUGGUCUCCUCGCUGUUGUCCUUUGUGUCCAUCUGGUUCCAAACCAAAAACUACCGGAAACCACUCCUCCAGCGCUAUGUGGUACGCAUAUUGUUGAUGGUUCCGAUUUACGCGGCAUCAUCAUGGACGAGUAUUGUGUCGCUCAAGGCAGCCCAAUUCCUCGAUCCUAUUCGUGACAUCUAUGAGGCAUUCACCAUCUAUACCUUCUUCCAGCUCCUUAUCAACUUCCUCGGGGGCGAACGUGCCUUGAUCAUCAUGGCACAUGGCCGCCCUCCUAUCUCACAUGCCUGGCCUCUCAACCACUUCCUCCCAAAGAUCGACGUCUCCGAUCCCCACACCUUCCUCGCUGUCAAACGCGGUAUCCUGCAAUAUGCCUGGCUGAAGCCCAUUCUAGCUAUUGUCUCCGUCGUGAUGAAGGCGACGGACACAUACCAAGAGGGCUACAUCGGUUUAGGCUCGGGGUAUCUCUGGACAGGCAUUGUGUACAAUGCCAGCGUCACAAUUAGUCUCUACUCCCUUGCCAUGUUUUGGGUCUGUCUGCACGAUGACCUGAUGCCGUUCCGCCCGGUCCCCAAAUUCCUCUGCGUCAAACUCAUCAUCUUUGCGUCGUAUUGGCAAGGAUUUUUCUUGUCGAUUCUGCAGUGGCUGGGUGCACUGGGCAGCGUUGCUGGGUAUACUCCAGACAACCUUGCAGCUGCAAUUCAGGACAGUCUCAUCUGUUUUGAGAUGCCGUUCUUUGCUAUUGCCCAUUGGUAUGCAUUCUCGUGGCACGACUAUGCGGACCCCACCAUUUCGGCUGCGCGUUUGCCUGUGAAAUUUGCGUUGCGCGACUCAUUCGGCGUUCUGGAUCUGGUUGAGGACACUAAGAUGACCCUCCGCGGUGAGAAUUAUGAAUACCGACUCUUUGACUCGGGUGAUAACAUCAUCCCGCAUGCGGAAUCGGGAUCACGGGUAAAGCGAGUCAUGGACGGCAUGAGAUACGAGCGAGGAGGCAAGUCGAAAUACUGGAUUCCCAAACCGGGGAAAUCAACAGUCGCACGCCUCUGCUUGCCGCUGAACCCAGAGGACGAACACUUGUUCCUGAACGCUCGGGCGCUGGAGUUUGGAGACUGGAAUUACCCGGUGAUUACCGCCAACGAGGUGCCAAGGGACCAGCGGUUACCGCCGUCAAGGAGCUAUCAAGAUUCAAACCGAGGUGGGCAUGUCAAAAAGGCCCGCAGGCACAGAAAGGGCCGGGCGUCAGACGGCGAGAGCGGGCGAAGCCCACAGCCAAAACCUAAUUCGGGCGUAAGCUCGAGUACCCCUGGUCCCUUGCAGCGCAACGCCAGCUCCACAAGCACGAACACGCGACAGAGCCAGCUGGUGGACCUUGUGGUGGAGAAUCGAGAGGCUGAGGAGGAAGACCGAGCUCAGGUACAGCGGGAGCUUGGUUCAGCGUAUGCUGAACCUGAAACACGGCGAUAUUCACGACCCUCAGGAGAGCCAAUCGAAGAAGAAGCUGAAACGGACCCAGCAGAGUCUAACUACGACCGUGAAGAUCGGUCUAAGGCAUGGGCCUAUGAUGGAUUGGAGCAAGACAAUGUCUGGGACAAAUAG